GUUAGUGGAGUUGUGCGUGUAUUUCUUGUAACCUAAAACUAAAGAAAAGGUCAACUCCCUCUCUCUCAUUUUCAAAAUAUCCAAUCACUUCAACUGUAAUUUUAUAUUUUCAUUCCAUUUCGCUUACAAAAUCCUCAAGGAUCUACCUAAUCGACGAUCUAACACAAAUCAAUUUUUAAUAAAGCCAGAUCCGUAGUCUAGCACAGUACAAGCGAAGUGGCAAAAGAUCUUCAGUUGUGUUUUGCUUUUCUGAAUCUGAUGCCAUUUUGAAAAACCAAGCACCGGUUUCGUUGAAGCAGUAGCGAUGGAGAGCUAUUUGAAUGAUAAUUUCGAGGUCAAGCCGAAGAACUCAUCGGAGGAAGCGUUACAGAGAUGGAGGAAGUUGUGUUGGGUGGUGAAGAAUCGGAAACGACGUUUUCGUUUCACUGCUAAUCUGUCCAAGCGUUUCGAAGCUCGUGCUAUUCAACGAUCCAAUCUGGAGAGUCUACGAACCUUGAUGCUGGUUUCACAUGCAGCAAUUCAAUUUCUCAAUGGUAUAACUUACAGUGUACCUGAGGAAGUGAAAGCUGCAGGCUUCCAAAUUGGUCCAGACGAAUUAGGAUCAAUAGUUGAAGGCCGAAGCUUGGAGAAGUUAAAAGCUCAUGAUGGAGUUGAAGGAAUUGUGAAAAAGAUUUCCACAUCAACCACCACUGGAAUAUCUACUUCUGAGGAAGUACUUAACAAAAGAAAAGACAUUUAUGGAAUUAAUCAAUUCACAGAAAGCCCAUCAAAGGGCUUCUUGGUUUACAUAUGGGAAGCUCUACAAGAUACAACCCUCAUGAUACUCGGUUUAUGUGCCUUUGUUUCCUUAAUUGUAGGCAUUACAAUGGAAGGGUGGCCAAAGGGUGCUCAUGAUGGUCUUGGGAUUGUAGCAAGUAUACUAUUGGUAGUAUUUGUCACUGCUACAAGUGACUAUAGGCAAUCUUUACAGUUCAAAGAUUUAGAUAAAGAGAAAAAGAAGAUUACAAUUCAAGUUACAAGAAACGAAUGCAGACAAAAGAUCUCAAUAUACGAUCUUCUUGUUGGUGAUAUUGUGCACCUUGCUGUAGGUGAUCAAGUCCCAGCUGAUGGACUUUUUGUUUCUGGAUUUUCACUACUGAUAGAUGAAUCAAGUUUAACAGGUGAAAGUGAUCCAAGAACUGUAACAGUUGAAAACCCGUUUCUUUUAUCUGGAACUAAAGUUCAAAACGGAUCAUGUAAAAUGGUUGUUACCACUGUUGGAAUGAGAACCCAAUGGGGGAAACUAAUGGCAACAUUAAGUGAAGGUGGAGAUGAUGAGACUCCAUUACAGGUUAAACUUAAUGGAGUAGCCACAAUUAUAGGGAAGAUUGGACUCUUUUUUGCUGUUAUUACUUUUGCAGUUUUGGUUCAAGGAUUGUUUGUAAGAAAGAUGGAGGAAGGAUCCCAUUGGACUUGGAAUGGCGAAAAUGCCCUUGAGAUGUUGGAGUAUUUUGCUAUAGCAGUCACCAUUGUGGUUGUUGCAGUUCCCGAAGGACUACCCUUAGCUGUGACAUUAAGUCUUGCAUUUGCCAUGAAAAAGAUGAUGAAUGAUCGUGCCCUUGUUCGUCAUUUGGCAGCUUGUGAAACCAUGGGAUCUGCUACUAAUAUCUGCAGUGAUAAAACUGGAACCUUGACUACAAACCACAUGACACUUGUGAAAGCUUGGAUUUGUGGAGAAAUAAGAGAAGUGAACCAUGGGGUGUCAACUUUUUGUUCCACAAUUUCCGAUUCUGCCCUCGGGUUACUAGUCGAGUCGAUUUUCAACAAUACAGGAGGGGAAGUGGUGAAGACUGAAAACAACAAGACUGAAAUUCUCGGAACACCUACCGAAACUGCCCUUUUGGAAUUCGGCCUCAUGCUUAAAGAAAAACAAGUGGAGCUUGAAAAGUCAAAGCUGGUCAAAGUGGAACCGUUUAACUCUGAAAAGAAGCGUAUGGCUGUGGUUUUGGAACUCCCUAGAGGGUAUUUUCGGGCACAUUGUAAAGGUGCUUCUGAAAUAAUCUUGAGAGCAUGUGAUAAGGUUUUGAAUGGGAAUGGUGAAGUGGUUCCUCUUGAUGAAGAAUUAAACAAUCAUUUAAAGGAAACAAUUGAAGUAUUGGCGAAUGAAGCUCUUAGAACUCUUUGCCUUUGUUAUAAGGAAUUGGGAAAUGAAUUCCAUUCCAAAGAUGAGAUUCCAUUUGAGGGGUAUACUUUGAUUGGGAUUGUGGGAAUUAAGGAUCCUGUUCGUCCAGGUGUGAAGGAAUCUGUUGCAAUCUGUCGAUCCGCAGGGAUUACUGUGCGUAUGGUUACAGGUGAUAAUAUCAACACAGCAAAGGCAAUUGCUAGAGAAUGUGGGAUAUUGACUGAUGAUGGAUUAGCCAUUGAAGGUCCAGAUUUCCGUGAAAUGGGUGAAGAGGAGUUGCUUAAAAUUAUUCCUAAAAUUCAGGUGAUGGCUAGAUCUUCACCAAUGGAUAAGCAUACACUUGUGAAGCACUUAAGAACCACAUUUCAAGAAGUGGUUGCUGUCACAGGAGAUGGCACAAACGAUGCUCCAGCUCUUCAUGAAGCAGAUAUUGGUCUUGCUAUGGGAAUCGCAGGGACAGAGGUGGCGAAAGAGAGUGCUGAUGUCAUCAUUUUGGAUGAUAAUUUCUCUACAAUUGUGACUGUCGCGAAAUGGGGUCGCUCUGUUUAUGUCAACAUUCAGAAGUUUGUUCAGUUUCAGCUGACUGUCAAUGUUGUUGCCCUAAUUGUCAACUUUUCUUCUGCCUGUCUCACAGGAAGUGCACCUCUGACAGCUGUCCAGCUACUAUGGGUGAACAUGAUAAUGGACACAUUAGGAGCACUUGCAUUAGCCACAGAACCACCAAACGAUGAGUUAAUGAAACGAUCACCAGUUGGAAGAAAAGGCAAUUUUAUAACAAACGUCAUGUGGAGAAACAUCAUGGGACAAUCCUUGUACCAAUUCAUCGUAAUUUGGUUCCUUCAAUCACAAGGAAAAACUGCCUUCAACCUCAACGACUCUGACUCCGACUCCAACUCCGAUUUACUUCUCAACACGCUCAUCUUCAACACCUUCGUCUUCUGUCAGGUGUUUAAUGAGAUAAGCUCUAGAGAGAUGGAGAAGAUAGACGUGUUGAAAGGGAUACUGAAAAACUAUGUUUUUCUGGCUGUUUUGACUGCGACUGUUGUAUUUCAAAUCAUUAUUAUCGAGUUUUUGGGUACUUUUGCAAACACGACUCCUCUUAGUCUUCAUCAGUGGUUUGCAAGUGUUGCUAUUGGUUUUCUGGGUAUGCCGAUUGCUGCUGUCGUCAAGAUGAUACCUGUUGGAUCAAGAUAGGAAAAUGACUGUUUUGCCCCUUGUGGUGUGUAGGAUAUUCUCAUACGACUCAAAAAUUGAAGGGCUAUUAAGAAUACAAAUUUUGUAAGAAUUGUUGUCGUUUUAUGGACUAUGUUUGGUAACUAAAAGUAGAAGAAUGUUCAUUGAAUUUAUCACUUUUUUCUUUUGUAAUUUGACAUGUCGGAUAUUAUUAUAAUUCAGUGUUUUUCAAUGCUUUUA